UUCGUCUGUCGUGCGAAUUGUUGCGGAGCGUCAAUGAUACCGUCUGAUUAAAAUUCUUUACCCAAAACCAGAAUCGAAGAGCAACAGAGAUUGAUUGGUAAGCGUGGUAUCGCUCGUCGAGUAAGUACUCGCAUACACCAGGAACUAAAAAAGUAUACACAACACAGUAAGUUGUAAACGAGUUGUGUCCUGAUACGUAUACUCGAGAACAUGAACAAAGAGAAUAGAGACGGACCAAACGAGAUCAUAGAUGAGAAUAACAGAACAAAUACACUUGUCGAUGAAGAGAUGUGAACAUGUCAAGUUUAUCAUCGUUUUAGAGUAUUUGAGACCGUCGGUCAACGAGAAAAUUGUGGCCCCGUACCACGUACACGUACGGAGAAACAAACAUAAGGAAUAUCUAGAAGUAGGAGUACUCCUUCUACGUUACUACAAGUCGUCGACAACAAUUUCAUACGAGAACACGCUGCGAUUCUUCACAAACACAAAUUCUCUGUAAUUAUUUUGAUUCCUUUCCUAGGAAAUAAACAACAAGAGGAGCCCGAAUGAAAGAAAAGAAUAAGAAAUAGAAACGUCGCCCCAAGACGCCUCAACACGACCCGUACUUAUUAUCACCACUUGAUCGACGGUUCACGACCCAGCAGGGCGGGGGAAAGUCAAAAAUGGUGGAACAAUCUCCGAAACAAGCUACAAAGGCGAAAACAAGGGAGGCCGCGGCGCAAGCUUCGUCCUCUACUUCCAAUGAGAUGAAACAAGACCAGCAGAAGGAGAUGCUGGAGAAAAAGGAGGCUAUUUCCAGCAGCCGCACGCGGGCGUACAAAGAUUCAUUGAAGGCGAUGAAACAGAACAACUACAGUGGGUUGGCGUCGGCGGUGGACAACGAUGACGGCGUGCCGGCCCAUUACCCGGUGAUAUGCAUUGCAAAAAUAAUAUCGCAUGGUCGGAAUUAAAAUUAUAAGAAUUGAUCACACGGAUAAUUCGUGUGGCAGAUUGAAACUUUUGAAAGUCAUGGAGAAAUAGCAUUUGUCAGCUGAGCAUUUACUACUUGCACAAGCAAGUACAUCUUUCACGCAGUGUACUUGCAAUUAUUUCGACGAGUGCGAUACUUUUGCUGUGCAUAGGUUAGCAGUGGGGGCAACACCUACGCGAGUAUCUUCGGCUCCCAGGAUUCCACCGCGUACAGUGGGUCUACCACCUCUACCCUGGAUUCCGCGGGCUAUGCGACCUCGGCCGCGGCCAGCGUGACGGGGCCCUUGCCGCCACUCGCGCCGGGUUCUAGUACCGCAGGACCUGCCGCAGGCGGGUUGCACCACCAGGGCGGGGGUCAACAUGGUCAACAUCCACAACAUGGUGGACCAACUGGUAGCCAUGGUGCUGCGAACAACCUUCCGUACGGUUGCAACCCCUACCACGGCCAGGACGUGAACCACGCCGCUGUGGCAAGUUACGCACAACAGAUGGCAGUCGCCGCGGCCAUGCAGAACUACUACAGUGCGGCCGGCCAUGCGCACGCCGCGGCGGCGGCGAGUAAUCCGCUCGGGAUGAAUCACGGUGCGAACACCUUCAAUCCCGGCCCGAACGGCUUGAUGCCGCCCUCGAUACUGGAUCAUCAACAUCAGAGCAACCCGUUAGCCGGCCCCGGCGGACCACCCGGUGCAGUGGCGGCCAACGGAUUCCACCCCCAGAUGCCGAACCCGUACCAUGCCGCGGGUGCCUACGGGCUGAGUGCGGCGAUGCAUGGAUUUGGUUUUCCGAAUGCGUACCAACAGGCGUACCAGCAGCAGCAGAACAGCUUUCUCACCGCCGCCGCGCAGGCCCACGCGGCCGCGCAGGCACAGGCUGCUGCCGCCGCGGCAGCGGCAGCCUCGAACAACCACGGUGGAUCUAGUUCUGCGGGGACCGGCGGCGCGCCGCAGACGCCGGGCAGCAAUGCGGGCGGUCUGCCACAGAUGCCGCAGUACGUACCCGUCCCGGUUCCAGUCCCGGUCCCGGUGACCCAGAUCCACCAACUCCCCGAAUACGAACUGGAGAAACUGAUACUGUCGAAGCGGUACAACAAACAGCGCAUGCUGGCGGCGGCGAGCGCGAGUAAGUUCUGGGCGGCCGGGGCAGGCGUGUACAACAACGGCCCUGGUGCGGCGAACAAGGAGAAUCUGAAUCAGGCCAUGCUAGGGGGCAACCGCCUGGAUUACACGCAGAUGCGGGGAGGCGGUGCAGGAAAGGGCGGUGGACUCGUCGACAGGGACAACAUCUGGAACAAUUUUAACCCGCCGAAGCAGCACGCGGCCGGCCCGGGGCCGCAGCAGAACGCAAAAAUGAAAAUGUACGGACAGGAUAUCGGCUCGCAACUAUCCAGUGCCAGCACCACACCAGGUGAGGACAUUGUUUCUUUUUUCGAAUAUGUUUAUUGGGUGGUUUACUUUUUUGUGACGUAGACGCCAGACCACCAGCACCUCCACCUUACUCUGUUCAAGAUUCAUGUAUGAUGAUGAGACAAACGUACGAGCUGGGACGUGCUGAACUUGCUGAUGUAUAUGGUCUUUCUUUGAUAGAUACAGUAACAGUUGCAGAUACAGUCAAGCCGCCAAAGCUCAGCUACGCCCCUGAAAAAGAAGAAAAUGAAACCGACCUCGAAUAGGUGACGACGCCAGCAGCGGCAUUACCGACGAAGGGCUCUGUGACGGGCCGCCGACCACUGUGAUGAUCUGCAAUAUCCCGAGUUUAUUGACGCAAGAAAUGAUGCUGGACGUCAUCAACAGUUACGGCUACAAAGGAAAGUACUCAUCUACUUUUGCUGAUGUUUUAGUCGACAUCUCUGCGGAAGUGAAGGAAGUCAAGCUCUAGCUCAGAUGAUCAUUCACGACCACGAUUAGCCACUGGCAGGUCUUCUGAAGAUCAUCAAUGAAUAUGAAGAUACUACUCGAUCUACUUCGUUGCAAAAGAUCUACGAAAAAUGAAAAAUGUGCUUACUUGAGGUACGACUUCUUCUACCUGCCGAUCGAUUUUUCGACGAAGGCGAAUUGCGGGUUCGCGUUUGUGAAUUUCCUGAUGCACGACGACAUGCAGGGGUUCAUGAAGGUGUUCCAGAAUUUGGCCUUGCACGAAAAGUCGAAAAAACGAACCAAGUGCGUCCCGGCGGAUCUGCAGGGUUUUGAGAAGAAUGUCGAGUACCACCGCAAUUCGGCUUCGAAUCGGGACACCAUUCCUGCGGAAUACCGCCCGCUGAUUUGGGAUGCCGAUGGUACUUACAAUGGAGCCGUUUUUGUACUGGAAAUGCGGUUGGCGUUGGUGGUCCAUCAAUCGCAUACGGAUUCUUGGAUCGAUCAUAUUUGAUUGUAGUUCACUUGCAGGCACGACAUAGUGGCUUUCCGUUUUUCACGAAAUCUGAUUUGUUCUGAGUGUUAUGUCCGCAAAGAGGAUUAAGUUAGUGAACAAACUUCUUCUACUGUUUAUUCCUGCAGGUACCGCCUCGUGUCUGCCCCCGCCCUCUAAGAAACUGCGCCCGAUUUUUCUCAAAUCUUGGAAGAAAAAUGCAGCCACGCGACGCGGCCCGCCGGCGCGCAAUCUGGAAGGUUGAAGCCGGAGCGGGAGGAUUCGAUUUGACGCCGAGUGUUUGACGACUUGGUGAAUUUUAUGUUUGUUGAUAUCAAGAAAUUCGAUACGUAGAGUUGUAAAUAUGUUCUUCCUACAGUAUUAAAAAAAAAGUAGUACAACGAGAUAUCUGGUUUUGGACCCUGAAUUCGUUUCGGUCAGCUAUACAGUAUUGAUAACGUACAGCAUGCAGAACAUUUUAACAUAGAGUCUUCAACCAAUUACACUGAUUCAGAUGCCUUCCUCUUCUCAUAUUUGUUUAGUUAGCCCCAACGCCCUCGCCCAGAUUUGUUAUGCAAUUCCCCGCCCUGACAAGCGACUAUCCCAGCCUUGUAGCAAAAAAUACUUGUAUGAACGACCGUGUACGAACUUUUUCAUAAGGAGAAACGCGCAGUUACAGCACUCUACCUCAUUGUUGUCUCCUAAAACGCUAUUGUCGUACAAUCUUUCACCCAGAAUAUUACUGCUCCCCCACCCACGAGUCUCUCCCGAUUUGCCGCCCUCAAGACGUAAACGAAAAGUAGACGAAUAGCACAUACAUGGGUACACAUCUUCUCUGGCAGCGACCCUCUCCCUUUUUUUCGACGACGGUCGGGAACGAUGGAGGAACCGGGUGGAUGCUAAACGUCAACGAAAGAAUUGUAUUUGUUUUUACACAACGAACAACUUUUCACAACGAGCGAUGUACGUGUAUGACCACGACACGCGGAAGAAAAAUACCACUUCUAGUAGCAGUAGGUGCCAUUAAUAAAUGUGACUGCCGUGCCUUGCUUCUGGAAGUGGCCGGGAUUUUUUGACCUAUCAAACGAAGCGUGUACCUGCUAAAACAAAGCUAUUCCGUCACCACAGCUACAAAAGUUCUUUUACGUACUCUCGCCCGCCCAGCUAAACGGCAACGCUAGUAAAAAUGUUAGUUUUUUCAUGCUUUUAUCACAGAUAGAAUGCGCAAAUUUUUUAUAGUCUUUAUCACUUCUUGUGUUGAUAUUAUUCAAGUGCCGCAAACUCAGCCAGACUUAUAAAAUGAUACAGCUCCACCUCACGUCGCUGUGAAUGCGGAUUUUGCGACGACGCGACAGAGCGCUAUGCUAUAUAAUUUUCAUCGAUGAAGAACGAAAACUGGUAGUUAUAGCGCACACAAUUUUGGUUGGAACAAAAUAUUUUGACUCUAUAAAAAAACAAUCGAAAUGACCACAUCAGGAGAAAAAGGCAGCUCGUCUUCUUAACCGCGACCGUGUGCUAUGCAUAAAGCACAACAUAUCGUUCAUGGUUGGGAAUGGAGGAAAAAGACGGCGCUUUCUUCGAGUACCUCUCCUAAAAGUACUGCACUACUACGACAACAACUUUUGAAAGCGAUUAGUGCUGGAUGCCUGUGUGAAGACACAGCGCUACGCAAGGCUACCAGAUGAGAAAUUUCAUCAACAGCCGUCAAGAUUUUAUUUAAGCGCCCUUAUGUUUAAUGCAGAUUCACUAACAUAAUUUCAGCUGUAAUUCUAAAUAGUACAAUCCGGCAACCGCCCAGUAUGCCUAAGCGAGGCUCCACGUCUUAAAAAAUUUCUUCAUGGCUUUAUAUGAUUUUUCCGGCAACCGACACUGAGCGUGAUCCGUUUAGAAAUAUAUCCUUCCAUUCUGAGCAGGAGCUCGUCCUUGCUUUUCAAAAUUACCCGUACUCGGAGUUGUUUCAGCGAUCGAUUUUGAGGAGGGUAAAACACUACUGAUUUCAGAAAUUUAGGUCUCCUUCAUCUUUGACUCGUGAUGGGGGCGACCCAAUCAUGGCAAGAAGAAGGAGAGGACGACGACGACGAUUAAAGCUAAACCAAAACUUAUAUCCCUAGCGAGGUCUGGUGAUCGUUGACACGACCACUUUUACUACAAGCCUGCGGCGGUAUCUUUAGAGUUGAGAGAGCGUGAAGCCGACAAGCGCACUUUCACAUCGGGCGCAAGAACGAGCGACGGCUUUUCUACAUCCGUGCGUCUUUGUUGUAGUAUCUACAGGGGACGACGAUAUAUGUGGAACAGGCCCAGCAGCAGCGGCACCGAAGGAGGGGUGUUGGAAAAAGUAGACUAUGAUGUAGUUGAAACUCAAAGCGCUUCACGAGGACCAAUUAUUUAUUUGCUAGGUCCAGGAGAACACGAAAAGCCCCUCUCUACUGCGAAAGUAGAAUAACUCCUUGGCUCGAUGAAGUUGCUGCAGAUCUUUUAGAUGACCUCUAUUAGCCUGAUAUACGAUGAUGGAUUUUAGUCUUAGGGGCAGAUUUUCAUUUUGGAACAACAGGCAAGCGCUGCUGUUCAUGGCGGCUGCCUGUUAUUUUUUAAAUGUAUGAAAUGAAGUCAGGAAAGAGAAGAUCGCAAGAAGUUGCGGAGUGGUUCAUGCGCAUGCCCUUUCCCACGAGGAAGUCUUCGGGGCGGAGGAGGCAAAAAAUGCCGGGGAAUAGAAGAAGAGGAUCUAUACAAUGCAAAAGACAAGCCGGCUUUGUGCUGAUUUAGCAGUCGCUUUAUUUCAACACAACCGGGCAGUCAGAAACCAAGCAGACCAAUAAAACGCCGCUCCCCUCAUUGAUACUUACUCUGCAACUUCGAUAUUUUGCUCUCUAGAGUCUUCGCAUAAGACUAACGACGCACCUCAUGAUGAUGAAAUAGAAUCACGCGAAAAAUAAUGACCACGACAAACGAAAUUUAGUUUUUACGGCUUUGCAAAUUUAGAAAGGAA